UUUCGGGGCACCUCAGUCUCCAAACGCCGCUCCUCGUUACAUCACCAUCAGUCAUGCUCGUCCUCACGCUGCGCGACGUCGGAGCGGCAAUCACCUCGACUCUUUCCGUCAAAGCCCCGUCAUAACCAGCACGACCGAACGCGGUCUCCUUCUGCGGCUCAUUCCAAGUUCCAACACCAACAUCUCCUUGCGAGGCUCGCGAACGACCUGCAUGCAAUAACCGACAUCCUCCAGACUUCAACAUCAUGCCGCCCGUCAAGGCUUCCGUCCUGCACGCCGCCCGCGAUCUGCGCCUCGAGGAGCGUGACCUCGCCGCCCCAGCUUCCGAUGAGGUUCAGAUUGCUGUCCAGUCCACUGGGCUCUGCGGCUCCGACUUGCACUACUUCAACCACUUCCGCAAUGGCGACUUUCUCGUCCGCGAGCCGCUCACCCUCGGCCACGAGUCCAGCGGCACCGUUGUCGCGACUGGCGCAUCCGUCUCCAACCUGCAGCCGGGGGACCGUGUCGCCAUCGAGGUCGGUCUGCCGUGCGAGAGCUGCGAGUAUUGCAGCCAGGGCCGUUAUAACAUCUGCCGCGGCAUGCGCUUCCGCAGCUCGGCCAAGGCCAUGCCUCAUGCCCAAGGUACCUUGCAGGAGAGGAUAAACCACCCCGCGCGGUGGUGUCACAAACUCCCCAACGACCUGUCACUCGACCUUGGCGCGAUCGUUGAGCCACUCUCCGUCGCCAUGCACGCUCGCGACCGCGCCAACCUGCCUGAGGGGUCAACCGUGCUCGUCUUCGGCGCCGGCGCUGUCGGCCUGCUGGCUGCCGCCGUGAGCAAGGCAGCACGGGCCUCGGCCGUCGUCAUAGCCGACAUUCAAAAAGACCGCGUCGACUUUGCUGUCGCCAACGGCUACGCCGACGCCGGCGUUGUGGUGCCCAUGGCCCGCCCCCAGACGAUUGAGGAGAAGCUGCUGUACGCGGCCGACGUUGCGGACAAGAUCAAGACCACCGAGGUGCACGGCAAGCCCAUCGGCGAGGUAACGGCCGUGUAUGAGUGCACCGGCGUGGAGACGUGCGUGCAGAGUUCUAUAUACGUGAGUGGGCCUGCUUGUCCCCCCUGCUCGGCGGAGCGUCCACUGGCUGACGUCUGUAGGCCACCAAACCUGGCGGCAAGGUCAUGAUCAUCGGCAUGGGCACGCCCAUCCUCACGCUCCCCAUGUCGGCGGCCGCCCUGCGCGAGGUCGACCUCUUGGGCGUCUUCCGCUACGCCAACACGUACAAGCGCGCCAUAGAGCUGCUGUCCAGCCCGCCGCCCGAGAUGCCGGACCUGAAGACGCUCGUGACGCAUCGCUACAAGGGCAUGGCGCUCAUCCCGGACGCCUUCUCCAUGGCCGCCCGAGUCAAGGAUGAGGAGGGCAAGCUGGUGCUCAAGGUAGUGGUUGACAUGAAGGAGUGAUGUGAGCCAUGGGGGGGAGCUGGGCCUCGGCUGCUACUCGCCAAUACCAACGGCCCUUUGCAAAAAAGUCUCUCGUGUCUUUGUCAACGAAGACACUGUCAUGGUCCCCGUCGUCAGGCCGGCCGCCGAAUGCUCCGUCUGACGAUGGGCAGACCCCGCAACGCCAACGCCAUGCAGUCGUAGAAUGUAGUUUUAGCAUGUCAAUACCACGAGCCUGCCGCACGUGGCGGCGGGGGCCGCCUCGCUCACACUUGC